GCUGUUCAGAGCGCCAUGUUUCAAUAAUGGCUCCUUGUAGCUUGUGUUGUAGCUUAGAAACUGUAUUGUUGGAUCUAAUCAGCAAACGAGUUUGUUAUUGACGUCUGUAACGUCGCCGCUAGAUAAAAUCGACCGUUCGAACUGUAGGGGUUUUGUUACUGAGGCUUUUAAACGCGUAACUAACUGGUUAUUUGUCGUUUGGUGCAGUUACCUGUUGAAUGCGAUGCUAAUGUUAUGACUGAGAAGCUAACAAUUUACCGUUAUGGAGAUUAACCGAAUUAACGGCUGAAAAUUUAAAUCUGGAUCAUUUAUUCAUAUAAUAAAGAUGUCCAUCGAUUUUGACAGCGCUGCGUUACAAACACUGCAUGAAGAGGAAGAGGAAUGUGAUGAAGAGGACCACGCCAGGGAGCAGGAGCUGCAAAAGCUCUUGACAGACCUCCCAGAUGAUAUGCUGGAGGAUAGUCACGACUCCUCACCAGAGCUGGACUACUCAACCUGCAGUCCUCAAAGAGACAAUGACCGACUACAGCAUGCUUGGAAUGGACAAUCUGAUCAACCACAACCUCCUUCAGCUGAAAUGAAUCCUGGGAAUGCUUAUACCCAGUCCGAACAUCAGGGUUAUAUUUAUGGCCCUGAUCAUGCUCACCACCUCCAGGGUAGGACAGAUCAUUUAACCCAUGGCUGGGAUGCACACCAAGGUCAGAACUAUCAGUAUGAGUCUGGAGAAUAUGUCUACACCUCUACUGGGACUGCAGUAUCUAAUGGAACCAGCAGCAACUCUGUUGAGGAGGACUAUGAACAGGAAGCUUACCUACACGCAGGUCAUCAUGCUCAAGCAGAUGGUCAAGACUACGGAGAACAUUCCGUUGUCAGGAACUACUUUCAGAAAUUUGAUAAUGGGAUAACUGACAGCCAAGAUGUUGACUGUUACAAAGCCAGCUACCAGCCACAUAAGCCAGCAAGACAAAAUAUGUUCAACAUUCAGUCAUCUCACCAAAAUGGCCACUUUGACCAACUGCAAAGAGACUUUCUUGAUUCAUCACCAACUACUGUUGAUGCCCAGGAAUCUGCUCAGUUGAGGAUUUUAAACAAGGCUCAAUUAAGGCAGAUUGAGGAUCUUGAGCAGAAACUGGAAGAUAGCAGGCGUAAAAUGAGAUAUCUUGAGCAUCAGUUUGUCAUCGUAAAAGAUGAAAAGGAUGGGCUAACAGUAUCACUGAAGGAGUCUAGUCAUCUCCUAGAGGAGGCAAAAGAGAGGGAGUCUCGACUACAAGCGAAAGUCAUGUCUUUGGAGCGACAGAUUCAGACCCUUACAGAGCGAGAACAGGAGAACAUGAAGAAGCAGUGUGCUGCACAGGCAUCAGUAGACAGUCUGCAGCAGCAGAUGACUGAGCUACGUCGCUCUGACACACUGACGCGAGCACGAGAGCAGCAUGACCGAGACAUGGCUACUAUGAAGGAACAGUAUGAAGCUAGAGUGCUUGUUCUACAACAAAAAUUAGAUACACAUGGUCAAAAUCUGGAGGAGCAGGUACAGUUGGCCCAGAGGCUGAGAGAGCAGGUGAAGCAGCUGGAGAGGCAGAGAGAGGAAGAGCAGGUGGACAGAGCUGCAGUCAUCAAUGCCCUCACACAGCGUUUGGAGGAGAGCCAGCAGCAGUGUUCCAAGCUGCUUCAAACUGGGUGUGUGCAAGAGAUGAGCCAGAUGCAGAUAAAGCUACAGCAGUCCCAGUCUAGUCGUAACAUAAGUGAGAAUAUGAACAAAGUGCUACAAGAAGAGUUAAAUGAGUUGAAAGAGCAGAUCACCCUGUAUGAGUCAGCUGUGAAGCUUGGAGCAGUUUCUUUGGACUCAAACCCCAACUGGGAAAAUCAGCUCUCCGAAUCCUACAUAGAUCUCGGUAUUAAGAGAGUUAAGUGGAAAGAUGGCAGAAAUCAUAGCACUCCUGUCCUGUCAGACUCUAGCGUGCCAAAGGAGGACUUUGUGAAAGAGCUAAAAACUGAGCUGCAGCGAUGUCUAAUGCAACUGAAAACAAAAAGGGAGACGAUCUCCCGCUUACAGAAAGAGCUCCAGAUAUCACAGAGUCGUGUGGAACAGCUACAGACUCAGCUACAAGGAGCUGAGAAAAACGCUAAAGACUCUGUGGUUAGGGAAAACAGCCUAGAAAAGCUUUUGGAGCAAUCAAACCUGACCCCUCACAAAGAGAUUGCAAGACUGGAAGAGGAACGACAGCAACUGCAGAAGAAAGUCGAGGCACUAGAGUUGAGAAAUAAGGAGCUGAAGCAGACUGAGGAAAAGGUGAAAGCGGCCAAUGCUGAGCUCUGCACCAAGAUGAGAGAGAUGAUUCAGGAACUGGACCAAGAGAAACAGGAAGCUGCAGAGAGAUACGAGAGAACCCAGCAGCAGUACAGAGAUGAUGUGGUUCAGUGUGUUCGUACAGAGCUCACCCAGGAACACACCGCACACGUUGAGCAGCUUACUGCCCAGCAUCAACAGCACAUCCAGCAGCUGGAAUCUAAAUUAGCUGACCUAAGGCAAGAAGUAUUAGCUGUGCAGGAAUGUUACAUCUCCGUUUGCAAGGAAAAGGAUAAACUUGAGGACAACCUUCAGAGCAGAAUUGAUGAGGAAAUAAACCUGAAAGACAAUGAGAUAAAGAGACGACAGGAGACUGAGGAGGCUCUGGAGAUGCAGAAGGCAGAUUUGGCUUUCCAACACCAGGAGGCUGUUACCCAGCUUAAGGCUCAGUUGGCCAAAGACAAAGAGACAGAGAUACAGUUGCAGGUCACUAAGCAGGUAGCAGCUGUCAAAAAGAUCUGGCAAGAAGAACAGCAAGAAGUGAGUAGCAAAUUUACCAAAUAUACUAGAUUUGAAGUGUUGAGCUUAUGCUUGAGUGUGUGUCCUUUAUGUCACUUAAAGAAGUGGGAGCAAAAACUGGAAGAGGCCAUGAUGGAAAAACAAAAAGCCAAAUCUACAGGAACACAGGAUAACUCUUCUCAGACAGACACUAUGGAUUCUGUAUCCCAGCUUCUCUCCCUGGAGCAGCUGGAGGACAGACUCAGUGCCCAGAGGAUGGCGCUGGAGCAAGAGACUGAUAGCAAGCUCACAAAAGCUGUGGAGGAGGCACUGAGAAGCAAAGAGAGAGAGCUGCAGCAGAAACAUGUACAGGACACAACAUUACAGGUUGAAAGGGCUGUGUCCAGGGCUCGUAAUCGCUGGCUCCAAGAGAUGUCCUCCCUCCCAGAGUACAAAGCCAAUUUGCAGACCGAGAGAGAACAGUGGGAGACGCUACAUCAGCAACACAUUCAAGAGCAGGUGUCUUCAGCAAUAAAUGCAGUUGAAGACAAAUGCCAGGAGACAAUAACUAGAAAAUGCAAGGAACUAGAGGACAAUGUGUGCAGAAUCCAGGAGCUUCAGAAGCAGGUGAAUCGCCUGAAAACUCAACUGGAGAAUUCUGGUGAGGAGCAGAAGGCACUCCUCAAAGCUGAGCUCUCUGCAGCCAGAGCUUUGUGGAACACUGAAAAACAGGAAGAAAUUUCAUGCCUUAAGAUGCAAUUCCAGGGAGACCAAGAGAGCCUAAAGGAAAAGCAUCAGGCACAGCUGGCAAGAAGAAUAAAAGAGACUCGUGAGGAGGCUCUCAGACAGGGGCAAGCACAUCUACAAGAAGCCUUGUGCAGCAAGGAGCAGGAGUGGAGGAGUCAGCAACAGCUCAAGUUGCAGGAAGAACGGCGACAAUCAAUGGAGGAGGUGCUGGCUGAAUUAAAGGAGGUGCUGAAGGAGGUCCAGGAGCAGAGAGAAGUUGCUAAGGAGCGAUGGAGCAGUGAAGGUGGUGUGAGAGCUAGACUGAGGAACCUGUGCAGACAAGCACUGGCAACAGCUAUAGAUAACACCAAGCAGGAGUUGGUGAAGAGCAGUGAGGAGAAGUUGAGGCAUGUUCUAAAGGAAACCGAAGAACAACAUGAAAAGGAGCUGAAUCAUAUCCGCUCAUUGGAUAAAAGGAAAGAAGGAGCCUGUAGCGGUAAGAGUUGUAAUGACACCAUAGGCAAGCUCCAGAAGAAGAAUCAAGAGCUCCAGAGGCAUUUGGAGAAGGCCUGUCGUCAGCUCCAGCACACAGUCCGAGAGCACAAGAGCACUCUGUGCAAACUCAAAGAAGAACACGAAGAAACUUUGCAAAAAGAGAAGGAAGCCCAUGUAAAAGCAGUUGAGCAGGCCAAAUUAUCGUCCUCUAAGGAUGGUGCAGUCAGUCAACAAAAUCUUCAUGCUGGCCUUGAAGAAAUGAAUGAACAAUAUAUGAAAGCUGUGCAAAAAAUAAGAGGUGACAUGCUGCGUUACCUGCAGGACAGUAAAGAGCGUGCAGCUGAGCUGAUCAGAGCUGAGGUCCUGAGAGAGAGGCAGGACACGGCCCGCAGGAUGCGCAGGUACUACCUCAGCUGUCUGCAGGAGCUUCUGGAGGAGGGGGGCCAGACUACUGGCCCUGAGAAGAAAAUUAUCAAUGCUGCCAGUAAACUAGCUGCCAUGGCUAAAGUGUUGGAGACACCUGUAGCCAAAAAGAAAGUUCAAAGAAAUCAGGAAGUACAAGAACUGUCAUCAAACUCUACAGAAAACACUAGAGUCGACCAUCCUGCCAAAGUGCCAUGUGCUGCAUCAAGCCAAAUUUAUUCUGGCAUAACUGCAGGCAAGGCCUCACGGCCCAACUUAAAUUCUGUUAAGACGAACACUGCUAAAGGUCCUGAAGUAACUAAACAUGCCACCCUAAAGUCACAACACUCUCCUCAUCCCAAAUCCUUCGGUGAAAUUGCUUCAUCCGGUGUGCAUUUCAGUACUGUUGGCUCUGUGAAUGUGACCCUAAGGAAGCAUAGCAGGGAUGAGUACCUGAUGGGGGCAGAAGCAGGAAAAGCCAGUGAACGUUUUACUCCUCAGGCGACUGUUCAGCCUUUAAUACUUGAAGAGGCACCUGUGAGAGAUGAUGGUCAGAGUGAUUGGAGUUUAUCCAGUAAUGGUUCCACUUUUACCAGUAACAUUCAUCUUAUGCACUCCUAUCCGGGCAAAAAUUCAGAGCCAGUGAACUCUCUCUCACAAUCUGGCCAUGCUGAAGACGAUCUGGACUUUGGAAGCACCAUAGGCGAUAAUUCUGAUGUAACUGUUUACAAAGAGAUUGCAAGAAAAACAUCUGGGGUGAAACCUAUGAAGAACACAGGCAUUAAAUUGACCAAGAGCAGGCAGCCAAUCCCAGGCUCAGAGGAUGUGGCAAUCCGUAAAGCGUGUCCUAAGAGUUUACUCUCACAAUUCACACUUUGUCAGCAGGACAGUGGGUUUGACAGCCCAGUGUCUAACAUUCAGCAAUAAAAUGCCCUCUGUCCUAAUAGUUUUUAUGUAUUGUUUUUGUGUACUUAUUUAUGUGUGAGCCAGUUGCACUGUGAUUUGACUGAAUGUUGUUUAAGUGAUUGUCUGGAUUUUUUUUUUUUUACUGCCUUUUGUGAAAUAAAGUUGAAAUGUCUCACUGACAUGUCUGACAUUUCAAAAAACUUAAUGCUGGUCAUUUACCUGUCAGCAUGUGAGCUGCAUAUAACAGGCCAUUUUAAAUGAAAUUAAACUAUUAUGUGCCUCA